AGGGGCGUGGCCAGCGGCUCAGCCUCCGCCACUCUCUUCCGGGCUCCGCCAGCUGCGUGCGCAUCCUCCCCCCUUCUUUUGUGGUUCGGCCCAUUGCGAGGGUGACAGGAAACCCUGUGUAGGGAGCGCCGCCAUCUUGGACCAGCCCGAGGAGGAUCCUGAGGGAGCCGCGGGAGCAGUCGCUGCUGCCACCGCUACUGCCCCUGGCUCAUCUGCAGUUCCAGGCCAGCCCGCCUUCCUGCCGGGGCCUCGGCCGACCGCACCCGGCCUCCUUCCCGCCGCCUCUGGACUCUGCUUCCUCGUCCUGACGCCCCCCUCCCGCCCGGAAAGCUGCCCAGCCACCAGCAACCCCCCAGUGCCACCAUGGCAACUGCACCAUACAACUACUCUUACAUCUUUAAGUAUAUUAUUAUUGGAGAUAUGGGAGUAGGAAAAUCUUGCUUGCUUCAUCAAUUUACAGAAAAAAAAUUUAUGGCUGAUUGUCCUCAUACAAUUGGUGUUGAAUUUGGUACAAGAAUAAUUGAAGUUAGUGGCCAAAAAAUCAAACUGCAGAUUUGGGAUACAGCAGGACAGGAGCGGUUUAGAGCUGUUACUCGAAGUUACUACAGAGGAGCUGCGGGCGCACUGAUGGUGUAUGAUAUCACUAGAAGAAGUACAUAUAACCACUUAAGCAGCUGGUUGACAGAUGCAAGGAAUCUCACCAAUCCAAAUACUGUAAUAAUUCUCAUAGGAAAUAAAGCAGAUCUGGAGGCACAGAGAGAUGUUACAUAUGAAGAAGCCAAACAGUUUGCUGAAGAAAAUGGCUUAUUGUUCCUUGAAGCAAGUGCAAAAACGGGAGAGAAUGUAGAAGAUGCUUUUCUUGAGGCUGCCAAGAAAAUCUAUCAGAACAUUCAAGAUGGAAGCCUGGAUCUGAAUGCUGCCGAGUCUGGUGUACAACACAAACCCUCAGCCCCGCAGGGAGGACGGCUAACCAGUGAACCCCAACCCCAGAGAGAAGGCUGUGGCUGCUAGUGACCUCUUUGCUCUGGCCCCUCAUUUGACCGUUCACCUCUGUCUGUUGGAAGCAGUACUUUUUACUGCCUCCUUGUCUUCUGUACAUCUUACUGGGUUUAAUUAAAAAAAGAAAAAAACAACUCUUGUAAAAACAGUUUAACAAUACUAAACUGCUAAACAACUAGAUGUAAUCAGGUUAUCAAAGGCAAGUAGAGUAAUAAAUCUCUCCUGCAUGGUAAAUCUAGACUUUCUCCCCCUUGAUUGUCCUUGUGAUCGGUAUGUCACCAAUACAUGAUUUAAACUGAGCACUGAUGCUGGACUUGAUUUUUACCUUCCCUUUUGGCAAGGCUUCGUCUCACUGUAUGGUUUAAAUUUGAUCUUCACCCUUUCUCCCAUCUUUAAACUGUUCAAGUAUGUCUGUUGUAGCCAAUAAGUUUAUUGCUGUGAAAUGACUUCUGAUGGUAGAGAACAGGGGUCUGUAACUGCUUCUGUUUUGUUUUUGUUGGGUAAAUUCCCUGCUGUAGGGGUGGCAUUUUUCUUGAUGAAUGUGCUUUUUAUCUUAGCCUUGCAUAGGGAAAUUAUCCAUUUAUCUUUUCUCUUGUGCUUAAUAGCUUUAUCUUUUUUUACAUCGUUUUAUCCCUUUCUCUUUAACAGCAAGUAAAUAUGUAUAAAAUUUGAAGGAACCGAACUAACAAUUUUACCUUCUGUGUAUAUUAUUUUAAUGAAGAAAAUAAAUUGAUUACUGGCAUUGGAACAGUAUAAGAUACCAGUUUGUACAGUGUGACCUAUCUGACCACAUUACUCUCUUCCAUUUCACACAAGGAAAUAGAAACAACUGCAGUUCACAGGUAAUACUGGCUCCACUCCUUGGUGCUGGCAGUGUGUGGGGACAGACAUUGUGCUGGAAAGAGCUCCUGGCAUCAGCAGAUUAACACUAGCGGAGAUUCUAUUCCAUCUUUGCACUGUGGCUUACCUGCUGAUUUUCUUAACUGUUCUUGUGCAAUUGACAAUGUGCUAACCUGCUUUUCUCUUUUUUUGUAAACAUUUUGUGUUACAGGCUGCAUUCUUGCCUUAUUGUAUAGAAAAAGGAAAAAGGCUGGGUUUAAUAUUGCACAUUUAAGCUUUUAUACUUUUAUCUUGGAAUGGUUAGCUUCUGAACCAGAUAGCCAGAACCAUAAGUCUGCUGUUAAGGGAUUUAAAUUGUGCAUUUUUAACACUACAAUGAAAUCAUUUAAUAUUAUCCUUUGUAUUUAUAGUAUGAGGGGCUGUUUUAUGUCAUGUUGGCGUAAAUUAUAAAGAGCAAGUGUUUCUAAUUGUGUUUCAGUGUUUGCGCUGCCAGAAGGUAAGUCACUGCUUUGCACUGGGUGGUCUGGCCGCUGAAAGAAUACCCUCUUGCAAGAGAAACAGAUCUUUAGACAAACUUCUGUUUUAUUAAGUUCUUUUCUUCUGUUACUGAUUUCUAGCUGAGCUUAUGGUGGCUGGGAAUUGAGAAGUUAUUUGAAGUAUAGGGUAGGUAAGCCCAGGUAUAUUAUUAUAUAAAAUGCACUCAGCUCAAUGCUGUGUUUAAAGUACACAUUUUAAAUCCCUCUUACAGACACUAACGUAAAAUUACAUCUUUCUGGGUUAUAAACAUGGUAGGUUCCAGAGUUUUGUAUAGUCAAUGUUAAAUAAAAGCCAAAACUGGAAUGUGCAGAAAAUAGGAUUCGAUUUGUGAAUUCAUCUUUUUGUCUUUAACUUUAAAAAAAAAUCCUGGAGUAGAUUGGUGUAUUCUAUUAAAGACUUACAGUAAUCCAUUUUGCUUAUACUGUUGCAUCACAAGGGAUUCGCCCAGGGACCAUGACCUGCUGGUCUGUGUAUAUAUUUACAAAAACAAAAUAAACCACCAUUGGGAUAUAAGGUAGCAAUCACAAACUAAAGACUGUGGCUUGUUUAGGUGCAAUACCCUGAUUCCCAAAGUUAGUUACAGUGGGUCUUAAUUGUUUUUGUGACAGAAGGAUUUAUUCAGACUGCUGUACUCUUCAUUUGAUGUAACAAAAUGCUAUUAAUCUAAAUAUUUGUAAAUAAAGUACCUGUAUCUAGAUUAAAUUGAAA